CCGGACGGGAAUAGUUGGUGGGAAGGUGCGGGAGCUUAUCUCAGGAAACACGCUACCAAAUUCCUCACCGGGCAGAUCCUGCAACUAUUCAUAAAGUCAGCAGUGUCACUAACUCUUGGGUAUUUGGGGGGAUGUGGAAUUCCUAUAUGUGGCCUAUAGGCACUUGCUGACUCACCAUGAGAAAAUUCUACCUGCUGCAGCGCCCACCAGCUCCACUGAGAUGUCCCUGGGAGGAAUGAUACACGGAUGACAGUCUGAACCAGGCCAAGACGUCCUCGCACGCAGUUAAAAAGAAACUCGAAUUAGUUUAUACACACACAAAAAAAGAACUGUGCACACGCUCACUCCUACUCACUCAUCACAAUGCUGAUGCCAGGACCACUGUGGGUGUGCCUGGCACUGAUGUGGGUGGGAAGCUGUCAUGCCCACAGCCUGUUUACGUGUGAGCCUAUCAGAGUGCAUCGGUGCUUGGAGACGUCCUACAACAUGACCUUCUUCCCCAACAUGAUGGGCCACUAUGAUCAGGAUAUCGCAUACAACCGCAUGCAGCCAUUUAUGCCCCUGAUAAACCUGAAGUGCUCUCCAGAUGUCCACCACUUCCUGUGCCAAGUCUUUAUCCCAGCAUGCACCGAGGAGAACAAGGUGAUCCACCCCUGCAGGGAGCAGUGCAAUGCUGUUCGGUCCGACUGUGAGAAGAACAUCCACACCUUUGAUGUCCCCUGGCCUCCUGAAAUGUGUGAAAAAUUGGACCCUUGCAGUGUGCAUGGUUCUCCAGUCCCUUUAACCACCCCAGCAAUCUCCUCAUCAGCUAAGAGAGAGCUGGGCUUCUGGUGUCCAUUGCAGCUAAAGACCAAGCCAGGUCAUGGCUCAUCAUUCCUAGGUGCCCAGGACUGUGCUCCACCUUGCUCCAACAUGUACUUCAAACCCCAUGACAUAGAAUUUGCAAAGAGCUUCAUCGGUGUGUGCUCCAUCAUCUGCCUGGGCGCCACACUCUUCACCUUCCUCACAUUCCUUAUUGACGUCAAACGCUUCCGUUACCCAGAGCGGCCCAUAAUCUUCUAUGCUGUGUGCUAUAGUUUUGUCUCGCUCAUAUACUUCAUCGGCUUCCUGCUGGGAAACAAUGCAGCCUGCAUCAAAGCAGCCAAUCCUGCUGGGGUUGACACAGUGGUGCUGGGCUCUCAGAGCAAAGGCUGCACUCUGCUUUUUAUGCUCCUCUACUUCUUCUCCAUCGCCGGUAUCGUCUGGUGGGUUAUACUCACCAUCACCUGGUUCCUGGCAGCCGGCCCCAAGUGGAGCUGUGAGGCCAUUGAGAAGAAAGCGGUGUGGUUCCACUCUGCUGCCUGGGGGAUCCCUGGGGCACUCACUGUCAUGCUGCUGGCUCUGAACAAAGUUGAAGGAGACAACAUCAGCGGUGUCUGUUUUGUGGGGCUCUACGACCUGGAUGCACUGCGCUACUUUGUACUGGCGCCACUGUGCGUGGGCGUCAUAGUCGGCCUCUUCCUCAUCCUGGCAGGUAUCGUUUCUCUGAAUCACGUCCGUCAGGUCAUCCAGCAUGAUGAGCGCAACCAGGAGAAGCUUAAGAAAUUCAUGAUUCGCAUCGGCGUGUUCAGCUGCCUCUACCUGGUCCCGCUGGUCACCCUGCUAGCCUGCUACACCUACGAACAGAGCCACCGCAGCAGCUGGGAGAACACCUGGAUAAACGACCGCUGCCAGGAGUAUAGCAUCCCCUGCUUAAACCAGGUUACCACAGAUCAUGAACGCCCUGACCUCUCCCUGUUUCUGGUGAAAUACUUGAUGACAUUGGUGGUUGGCAUAUCUGCAGUAUUCUGGGUCAGCAGUAAGAAGACCUGCUCUGAGUGGGCCUACUUUUUCAACAGGACCCGCAAUAAAGACCCCAUCAGCGAGAGCCGUCGGGUGCUCCAGGAGUCCUGCGAGUUCUUCCUAAAGCACAACAACCGGGUUCAGCACAAGAAGAAGCACUACAAACCCAGCUCCCACAAACUCAAGGUCAUCUCCAAGUCCAUGGGCACGAGUACCGGAGUCACGCCCACCAGUGUCUCCACCACCAGCAAUCAAGGCACCUCUGCCUUAGGCAACCAUGAGCCCCACAUGCAAGGUUCGCUGUCUGAGACCUCAGUCAGGGAACACCUGGACCGAGGCACCUCCAGUCGAAGCUCGAGGAGAGGGGAGAGAGAUAAGGAAAGAGAGAGGGAUGGGGGGGAGAGACGCAGCAAAACGGGGAGCUCCAGUAAAGUCAGCAGUCGCUCAGAGAGCUUGCACAGAGUGGCAGAUGGGAGGGCAACUCCAAGGAGCGAGCUAUCAGAGGUCAGGCACAUUCCCUGCGAGAAGCAACAGCUUUCAGCUUUAAACCCAGCACAUACCAGCAGCCUCCAAGACUCCAGCCACCAGAUGGUGCUCCAGGUGCCUGAGGAGAGCAAGGACCCAAAGGACAGCAGCUGCUGAGAUAUCUGACCUUUCAAAUUUGUCUGCUCAUCCAUCCACCCAUCCAUGACACCAGUCACAUGGGAGUCAUGCUUGAUGCUGGUUGUUGUUCCCAUUGUGGGAUUUUAUUGAAUACACUGGAGUGACUGAAUGGAAACAGAACAAAACUUGUAUUUCAGAUGUUCUGAGGGUUAGCCCACAUCUAACGGUGUUUGACGAUUUAGUCUGUUUAAGUCAUGACUUUGUCUUCCAGCUUUACUCAUUGUUUGACCUGAAUGUUGCAGCAGCACAGCUACAUGCAUUGGGUCUGCUGUUUUUUAUAACUUGCGAUUUCAGUGGCAUAUAUGCAUGCUAGUAAACGAUUGCAAUAUUUAUGUAAAUAUUCUCUUUUUUUAUAUCUCAUAUAUUUAGUCGUUCACUGGACUGGUCGCCACACUGAGAGUUUAAUUGUUAAGGUGAAAAUAUUGCCAAAUAUUGAAUCCAAGGAAAGUCUUCCUGUGAUAAAGUGUCUUUAAAUGUCCUAUUGUUCUUAAAACGUCAUCCUGUAAAACACACUGUGUGUCACUCCUUUGAGGCGUACUCUUAAACUUGAUAUAGCUGAUUUUCAGAGAACUUGUGAUUUUAUUUUGAAUACUUUUCUUAAAAGAGACAUAUAUUUUUUCCAUUUUCUGGUCAUUUCUCCAUGUUUUUGUUACAGAAAUGCAUGCUGUGCUGAACUGUCUUCAAAGCUGUGAAUUUUGGUGAAAUACAGCUUUGAAGCUUUCUAAAAGAAUGUAUUUUUGCUUAGAAAAUCUUGUCAUGAUAUCUGAGUUUUACUUCAUAGUUACUGUGGCUAGAGAAAUAUAUGACAUCAUUGAAAUAUCAACAGAAAAUGAACAAAAUGAACUUGACUUAUUUCAGUAAUACUAUCAAUCAAUUUCAUCUUUACUUUUUAUUACUGUGUUACUUUUCUCUUUUGAAAUAUUGAUGAAAGAGCACCUUUAAGUUCAUUUUUUUAACUAAAUUGAUUAGUUGGAAAUGAUUGAAAAUCAAAUGCAUGAGUUCAUGUUUUUUUAAAACUUAAAGGCAGAAAUUAAGAUUGGAGCGUGCAUUUAAACUGAAAGUACGAGUGCAUGGACAUGGUGGGGGAAUGUUUUAUUUCUGUAAAACCAUAAUCAUGAUAUUUCAUUUUCUGAUACCAGGGUUAUAUAUAGUUAUCACGAUAUCCCUAUAGUAUCAACAGUGUAUGAAAUCGAGGAAACAAAACAAGUUUUGCACUAUUUGUCAUUAGUAGCAUUAUCCACUGAUUACUAAGUUGUCAUAAAUAAAUAGAAAGAUUAGUUUUGGGAUCAUUUAUGUUAAAAUAAAAAAAAAAAAGACCACAUGCAGCAUCUCUACUUCAAGUACCUCCAGAACAACAUCUGUGAUUCAUUAGGAGUGCCUUACUGUGCUGUCUGUGUGCUGUGUAAGGGACUGAGCUACCCCUCAGUUCACUUAGAUUUAUUUGGGAGUGAAAGGACAGUUCCAGUAACACUAAAAGGGAAUCUUGUAUGUUUUCUAUGUUAUGUUCCUAUUCUGACAUGUGGAUGAGGGUCUUUCUUAUGACGUAUGUAGCUCUACUGUAGUCUUAUCAGUACUCCAAACAUUUUGUGAACUGUUUUUUUUUCCUUUUUUUUCCUUUUCAAUACAAUUUUCUACCACUGUUGUUUCAUUUUGAUAAAAAUAUUCAAUUAAACAUGGAAAUGAA